GUUGUUCUAGUACACUCUAGUUGUACCGACGCUCUCCGCUUGCUAGCGCUGACUGCGAAAAGAAGGUUCCGAGUUUGAACGCGGCUGUAUCGGUUUUCCGGCUUCCUGUGCUUCGUUUGAAUUAAAUAGUUUACUAGCUUAAGUGGUCGAUCGUGGAGCUUGCGUCAAGCGCAUUGUCAAGAUGAGCGAGAGCAUCCUUAGUCUCCUGCAACAAGCUGAAACGGAGCGUGCGGCCGUGGAGCAGCAAUUGCGGGCACCACAGAGAAAUGCAAAUCAACUGAGGGAAUGUAUCAUUAAUGCUCAGAAGGAACUCGCUGAAUUGAAAACUCGGCGAGAGCGUGCUUUAGAAAAACUUAGCACGUGCGAAGCCGCUGCGAAGAGUUUAGAGGCUAGUUGCGAUCAGUUCGCAAAAGCGCAGGAGGGGAUGGCCGCAAGAAUUUCAGACUUAUCAAUGAAAAUUUAUCAGGAAAAAUGUUCGAGGCUACAGAAAUACACCAGCGCUGAGGAGUACCUGAGUGGACUUCGUGCAGCUUUGCGAAAAGUUGAAUGGAGUCCAGAGGCGCUUGAAAGGUUGGCAGCAGCACAUCGUACGCGAAUCCCGCAAUUAGAGCAGCAGUUGGCAGAGCUAGAUGCAAGUUUGCAAAGCAAGAAGGCCAAGCUGGAGCAGGCGCAGAGCACCCAGAGUAGCAUGGCAGAAGAUGGCACAUUCGUAGCUGAGGAACAGCAAGCAAUGCUAAAAAUUUUCAAAGAUGAUGUCAGCAAAAUUGAGUCGACGCUGAAGCAUCUGGAAUCGCGAAAGGAGCAUUUGCAAGCAGAGGUCGACCGACUUGUGCACCUCGACAGUUAGCUCUCUGGAAAUGAUGAUACCCAAGCAGAAAGCCAAAGAACUACUG